AUGAGUUUGGCGCCGCGAUAUGAUGUGAAGUACAAUAUCAGAGACAGAGCAAGGAUGUUGAGGGAUGAUCACCGACUAGGAGAGAGAAGGAUUGAGAUGAGAAAGGGUCAUGUAAGUACACUUUUGCCCGGAUACGAACCGAUGCCCGACUGGCCUACCAAAAAGCCCGAUCCGUCUCGUCUGUCAGGAACACAACGCCCUUUAUUGAUUCAUAUGAUCGAAUGUAAGGCUUUAGAUAAUUUCUACGAUUCUACUAAGAGCGAAGAGGAAACUGAAAAAAAGACUGAGGGGGAUAACGAAAAAGAGAGCGAAGAGGCUAGAGGGUAA